AUGGCACUCCUCCACUGGAAAACUACACUUGCGAGCCCAGUGCUGCAGAUGAGCUCUUGGCAGGAAAACACCAGCCCGUGCAACUGGACGGGCAUCAUGUGCACAUCUGUUCGCCAUGGCCGCCACAGGCCCUGGGUGGUGACCAACAUCUCCCUACCGGGUGCUGGCAUCCAUGGCCAACUUGGUGAGCUCAACUUCUCAGCUCUUCCAUUCCUCACAGAUAUCGACCUUGGUAACAACAGUCUCCAUGGUGCACUACCUGCUAGUAUCAGUCCCCUUUCAGCACUUUCCGUACUUAACCUUCCCUACAACAAGCUCAAAGGGAAAAUUCCUUAUGAGAUUGGUGGCCUGCAAAGCCUCGUGCAGCUUGAUCUCUCAUUUAACACACUCACAGGGCAUAUCCCUGCAUCUCUGGGUCCCAUUCCCGAGGAUAUUGGAAGGCUUGCCAACCUACAAGUUCUACAACUAAGCAACAGCACCUUAAGUGGUUUGAUACCAAAAACCCUUGUAAAUCUGACCCAACUAAAUAUUUUAGGCCUGUUUGAAUUUGGCAGCUUAGUGAAUCUCCAGAAUUUAGACUUGACCAACAACCAAAUAUCUGGCUCUAUUCCUCACAGCUUAGGAAAUAUUACCAAGCUAGUACAACUCUACCUCCUUGAAAACCAGAUAACAGGUUCCAUUCCCCAGGAAUUUGGCAAUCUGAUGAACCUCAAAGUUUUAGGCUUGCAUCUAAACCAAAUUUCAGGAUCGAUACCAAAAUCUUUUGGGAAGCUGCAAAGCCUCCAAGAACUAAAAAUCUUUGAUAACAAGUUAUCAGGACCUUUACCAGCAAAUAUAUGUUCAGGUGGUAGACUUCAAUAUCUCCAGGUCUCUUCUAAUAUGUUCAGUGGCCCCGUUCCAAGUAGUUUAAAGACAUGCCUGCAGAUCCUGUUAGAUGUGAGCAACAAUAACCUCAGUGGUGUGUUGUUGCAACAAGUUGGAAAGGUGGACAUGCUAGAAUUUCUGAAUUUAUCACAUAAUCAGUUCAGUGGCAGCAUUCCAUCCUCCUUUUCAAGCAUGACGAGCCUUUCAACACUUGAUGUGUCGUACAACGACUUGGAAGGGCCAGUCCCAACAACACAGCUACUCCAAAAUGCUUCAGCAAGUUGGUUUCUUCCCAAUAAAGGUCUGUGUGGUAACCUCUCUGGCUUGCCACCUUGUUAUUCAACUCCAGUAGCUGGUGACCAUAAAUGGAAGAUACUUGGUUUGCUUCUGCCAAUUGUUCUUGUGGUGGGUUUUGGUAUUGUUGUUGCAACUGUUAUCAUAAUAAUGCUUAGUCAUAACAAGAGAAAACCACAAGAAAAUGUUGCCGCUGAAGGAAGGGACCUAUUCUCUGUUUGGAAUUUUGAUGGAAGAUUAGCAUUUGAUGAUAUUGUAAGGGCAACAGAAGACUUCGACGAUAAGUACAUCAUUGGAACAGGAGGACAUGGCAAAGUCUAUAAGGCACAAUUUCAAGGUGGGCAGCUAGUUGCUGUGAAGAAGCUUCACCAAACCGAAGAAGAGUUGGAAGACGAAAGAAGAUUUCGUAGUGAAAUGGAAAUCUUAUCCCAGAUCCGACAACGAAGUAUUGUUAAAAUGUACGGAUUCUGCGCCCAUCCAGCAUAUAAGUUUCUUGUCUACGACUACAUUGAGCAGGGCAGCCUCCAUAGGACAUUGGAAAAUGAGGAGCUAGCAAAGGAAUUUGAUAGGCAGAAGAGGAUCGUCCUUGCAAAUGAUGUGGCUCAAGCAAUAUCUUAUUUGCACCACGAAUGCAGUCCACCUAUAAUCCAUCGAGAUAUCACAAGCAACAACAUCUUACUUGAUACAACCUUCAAGGCUUUUGUCUCGGAUUUCGCCACAACAAGGAUUCUUAAGCCUGAUUCAUCAAACUGGAGUGCACUAGCAGGAACAUAUGGCUACAUCGCUCCUGAGCUGGCAUACACAUCUGUUGUGACGGAGAAAUGA